AUGGUAGAGUCAGACACCAUAACUCAGCUUCAAGUGUCAGUGAUCAACAAUUUAGGCGAUAAUACGUCGCUGACCGGUCAUUGCCGGUCACCAGACAGAGAUAUCGGCAUUCAGACCGUCGAGUUUGGUGCCGGUUUUGGCUGGAAUGUGGAUGUUGUUGUUAGGAAAUCCGAGGCAUACUACUGUGAGUUGAGUUCUGGAAAAUUGCAUGGACAUUUUGGUCUUUUUGAAACCGCAAGAGAUUAUGGUAGGUGUGGUGGUGGUGGUGGUGGUGGUGGUGGUGGUGGGUGUGUUUGGAGGGUGGAUUGGGAUGGAUUGUAUCUCUACGUCAAGAAAUCAGAUGAUUAUGUGUUGCAGUUUCGCUGGCCAUAG